CAAAUUUUUUUUACAUGUUAAUGUUACCAGUAAUAUAAAUUAUCAAAAUUUGUUGAUAGGUACGGCCUGCCAGUACUAAAGUAAAUACUCUUCAAUGAAUAGAAGUGUCUGACAAAGAACAGCUGCCUUUAUUUAGUUCAUCGUUACGAGCGUUUGCAUAUUGUUUAUGGUGAAUACAAUUUCAUUAGAUAUCAUUGGUUAAAAUUUCAUUUUGAUAGCCAAUGAAAGAAAAGGUAAUAGUAAAACGAAAACAAGCGUCCAUUUUCUUUCUCCUGUAGCUUCUGUAUCUUGAGUCAGUUUUUAAAAGAAAUCUAAUUAUAAUUAAUAAAUGGCGAAGACACAAAGCCAUCCUAAAGUUUGAAGAAGUAUAUUGUAGGUAACAAUAUCUGCAUGUUCCGCUCGUGACAAGAACCAGAUGAUGAUUGAUCACAUGAAGAUUUCCCGCGAUCAUAUCAUGACAAGGUCUAUUACCAAACAUUCGUAACACGACGCUGCCUCAGCAUUGCGUCUGAUAAGACCAGUUCUCUGACGGUCUUUUGGGGUCUUUCUGUUGCGUCUGUUAAUCUUUGAAGGACAUGGUUCGAGCCAAUACUUUGGCCACCCAGGAGGGUGUAAAGACCCCUCAUCGCAUUGAGUUAUGUGAGCACCAGCCUGUCAGACCUACCCGUACCUAUAGAAAGCGCAGGAUUAUAGCUGCCACACCCACAAAGACUGAGAAUGUAGAAGUGAAAUCUGAACCAAAAAUAAAGAAAAUUGAUGUAAAAUCCAAACCACUGAAAAAUUGUAACGGGUUCACAAACAUGACCAACGGACUCAGUGUGCGUUCCCGAGCAGCUCGGGCCGCCGCCCGUGCCGCAGAAAGCCACAAACUAACUGAAUAUUUUAAGGAAGAACUAAAGAGUCCUAAGGUUGAACGUCCUCCUACACCCAAAGAUAUAGAAAAGACUGUCAAAGUAGAACCUAAAAUCACAAAUGGAAAUUCAAAUCAUAAGCUAACGGAGUAUUUCCCUGUGAGACGUAGUGUUAGGAAGACUUCUAAAUGUGUGAUGGCAGAGAAGAUGAGAGAUUUGGAACGGGCUGUGAGAGAACAAAGAGAAGAUGGGCUGGCGGUGGCAUAUUUCGAAGGCAAAGGGCGCGGCAUAAUCGCGACGCGGCCCUUCUGCCGCGGCAGCUUCGUAGUGGAGUACUCGGGGGAGCUGGUGGGCGUGCAGGAGGCCCGCGAGCGCGAGCACAUGUAUGCGCAGGACCCCGAGGCUGGCUGCUAUAUGUACUACUUCAGACUGCAGGACCAACAGUAUUGUAUCGACGCAACAGCAGAAUCGGGCCGCCUCGGCCGCCUAGUGAACCACUCGCGCACCGGCAACCUGCACACGAAGGCGCUGUGGGUGGACCGGCCGCGCCUCGUGCUGCUGGCGGCCACGGACAUCGCGCCCGGCGAGGAGCUCACCUACGACUACGGCGACCGCUCCAAGGAGUCGCUGCAGCACCACCCCUGGCUCGCGCUCUGACGUGUGACAGGUGAGAGUGUACAAGUACCUGACGCUACAUACAACCUGCACACGAAGGCGCUGUGGGUGGACCGGCCGCGCCUCGUGCUGCUGGCGGCCACGGACAUCGCGCCCGGCGAGGAGCUCACCUACGACUACGGCGACCGC